AUGUUCGCAAAGGCUUUCACUUUUGCCAGCCUGGCUUCCCUGGCCAGUGCUCAUAUGCUCAUGAACAAUCCCAAGCCCUACGGAAGCCCAGAUAACAGCCCUUUGGACGCAAGCGGGGCUAACUUCCCUUGCAAGGGUGCUGUUAACGAUGGUUCCGUAAACAACGUCUAUAAGCAAGGCAGCACGCAGCAGCUCUCCUUCACUGGCCAAGCUGUCCAUGGUGGAGGCUCAUGCCAGGUUUCUCUUACCACUGACAAGAACCCAACCAAGGACUCGGUGUGGAAGGUCAUCAAGUCCAUCGAAGGCGGCUGUCCUUCAAGAACCGCUACCGGCAACUUGGGUGACAAUGCCAAGGCCGAGAACCCCGAUAAAUAUGACUUCACCAUCCCUGAGGAAUUGGCCGCUGGUGAAUACACCCUUGCCUGGACCUGGUUUAACCACGUCGGCAAUCGCGAGAUGUACAUGAACUGUGCCGCUAUUAAUGUCGAGGGCUCCGGUGGCUCCAAAGACUACUUGGACUCUCUCCCCGACAUGUUUGUUGCCAACAUUGGUAAUGAUUGUGAAACUCUUGCCGACACUGACCUCAAAUUCCCCAACCCCGGCAAAGACGUUAGUAAGCUGAAGACUUUGCUCACUGAUGCUAAGGGAGAGGGAUGUCAGAAGGCCGGCUCCGGCGGCGGCUCUGGUGGUGGUUCUGGCGGAGAUGAUUCCCAGCCUUCGGCUCCCGUUGCUGCUCCUACUACGAACGUCGGUGCUCAGCCCACUCAGCCUGCGACCACUCCUGCUCCCAGUGCUGGCUCUGGCUCUGGCUCUGGCUCUGGCUCUGGCUCUGGCUCUGGCGAUGGUUCCAACGGUACCCCUGAAAUCCCUGGUGGCGCUUUCAUCACUGUCUCUCAGCCUUCUGCCCCUCAACCUACUGCCACUCAAGCUCCUGCUGCUCCCGAGACACCCACGGACGGCUCUGGCUCUGGCGGUGGCGGCUCUGAUUCUGGUGCUGGAAGUAGUGGUUUCGCUGCUGGAACUGCCUGUACAAACGAGGGCGAAUGGAACUGUAUCGGCGGCUCAACUUUCCAGCGCUGUGCCAGUGGUGCUUGGACUGCCGCCCAGCAGCUCUCUUCUGGUGUCACUUGCACCCCUGGUCAAAGUGCUGAUAUUGCCAUGAUCACUAAGCGAGGCAAAAGGAACAUGCGCCGAGCAAAGCGCUCGCAGAUCUAG